AGCAGCUACCAAGGUACGCGCUUUGUUUCCAUGCGCGGCCGGGCGCAGCUGCCUCUACGCGAUUUGCACUACGGCAAUGGAAGCAAGGGGCGGGAAAAAUUUGUAUUGCUACUCCAGAAAAGGUAGGGGCGCAUUUGUGAAACUGCGAAGCGUCGCCGAUAAGUAUUCAUAUUUUGGGUGAGUAGUCCGCUCUAGUAGGAGUCUGCCUUCCUGUUUUUUACGGAAUGCGAGCGCGAUUCGGAUCGCAGCAUCCGGGCCCUCGUAGACACGAUUUUUAUAUAUGGCGUAAAUGUAGUUGUAGGCAUCUUGCAGCUGCAAGAGGACCAUGAAUCGCGGCAAGGGCCGUGUGUCCUGUGUAAAAACGUACCCACCCCUCUUGAAUCCUUGGGAGUCACGCAUGACUGCAGCCUAUGAUUGAUUUGCCAGGACAGUCCUAUCAAAAGGCCGCUUGCUCAUCAUAUUUGCAGUAUUACACAUUGCAAGACUCGACUGGGUAACCCUCGGACCGAGACGGGAAUCUGCAUCAUGAGCAUGUUGUGGAUGGCUCUAGGGUGGCUAUGUUUGAUGAAGUCAUGAUAUUAUCAUCUUCAUAGUGGAGUAAUUAUAUCCGUGGAGCCUGUAUCCUGAAAUGUCUCCGUUUUGCCGACGGGGGCGGAAGCAGAAUGUUUUUGGGUUUGAUUUUUCGUUCGUUGGGUAUCGGAGCACAUAACCGAGGUGCGGCAUGCGCCAGACGAAGCGGGGGAGCAGGAGCUGCCAGGCGCUGGAAGAAAGCAAGCUCGUUUUUGCGAAGAUGAAAAAUGCCGCCUCCACUCCGGAGCGAGUUGGGAAAUGUUUCGUUGCGCGACAGAAUUUUUAUUUUCCUACUGAGCUAUGUGGAGAUGUCGACAUUGUUCGCCAUCUUGGGUCUCGCUGUAUGUUGCAACAUGACAAAUUUAUUGAGACCUGGACUUCUGGCAGCAGCUUGUGUAGAACUUCUACACAAGCUGCUGCCAGCCAGGCCUCCCUUACAUUUUGGCGCGCCACUUCUACAGUAGAAGUGAGGCGCCACACCAGUGUAAGGGGGGCCGGUUUAUUUCAUGAAGUUGUAGUUAGGGCUGCAUAUUUUUGCUAUCGAUAAACGCGCCGAAAAAAAAACGCGUCCCAAAGAACCCAAGCGUAGUUUUCUGCAGGACAAGUAAAGUUAUCGGUAGAGAAGCUACUUUGCAAUAGAAACAUUUCGCCAGCCCCAGCCGUCUGGAGGAGGGAGUGGGGCGCUUUUUUCUCUAAUACCCGCGAAGAAAAGCUGCAAAAACGCGACAUGUCCGAUCGCCCGACAACAGUAAGAAAGUACAGGAAAAGAAAAGCAGUUUUACUAGAGAGUUGAAAUGCAGUUCCAGAUUCUGCACCGCACCAGGGACAGGCACACGACUGCUCAUUUUGCUAGAAAAGCGUGCAAGAGCAUGCUCUACUGAUCAAGUUCGCAGACGCAUGACAAAUGUGCCCUGUCGUGCCAAAGUGAAGGGAUUAAAGCAAUUCUUCAUUUUAUUUUUCUACAUUUCUAAUUUUUUUUUUGCUUCACACAUCAAGAAUAUUUCGAAGUCAUCGCACGUAUUUGCUUUUUCAAAACAAUUUCAGCUACGAUUCUCAUUGUCAUGAGAGUCGAGUGAGUUUUUUUUCUCAAAAAUUAUUUCGCUUUAUUCCGAACGUUCACCGUGUAUUCCUAUUCAAUGAAUAAACCAUGUCAUCAAGUUGGACACAUUUGAAAAAUUGCACGUCUUAAUUUUAGUUUCUCAACCAAAUUUUAGUUUUCCGCUUUACACAUAAACAUCAUCGUUUCAAAGUCAUUGCUAGUUUUCUCUCGGUUUUUUUUUCGAUUUUAGCAACUAUGAUUCUACCUCUUUUUUGUCUCUUUAUCUUAUCUCAUCUUGAGUCUAAGUCGUUUUUUUUUUUUGCUGCUCUUCCUACGGCAUUCCGACUUUUAUUUCUGAGUACCUAAAGAAUUGACAUUAGCAUAAUUACUCGUCUAUAGCAAUAGCUAUAUCUAUCACAAAGUUUCACACCGGUCGGCCACUUCAUGUAGUUGGAAGUUGCGAGGACACUGUGUGCCUGUGCCAGGAAAUGACAAUCAGUUCUGGAAAGUGAGAAAAUGUUGGAACAGCUGCCGGAAAAUCUGAAUCUGUCAAGCUGGACAACGUGAAGAUGUCAGGGACGUGGGCGAGAAGUUUCCUAAGUAGAGAUGAAGCCCAUCAGAAUGAUAGUAGACUCCAACUUGGCACGACAUGAAGAAAAACGCAGACCACUUGCAAGAACGACAAAGAAAAAACGCG